AUGACUUCACUGGACAGGAAAGCACACACAGUAACGUGUUCAAACAUGCGCGACACGUUGCCCGAGCCACGACAUAGCAGGUCAGGAACGUGUGAAAACCUGCACGAUACACCGCAACACAACUCGGCCGAGCGCCCGAGCAUGUUAUAUUGCUCAUUAUCAAGAUUAUUGUGUAGCUGUCGACACGUGUACUGUGUUGAGCGCUUCUGUGAUAUCAAGAUGUCUUUCAAUCUGCGAUCUUCGGAUACUGAAUGUACAAUUUUUGGGACACCACAACCGUUAUCGUUUGUAAUGCUGCCUACCUACGAGGAUAUCAUGAAACAUUAUUUAUUUAUCACUAAUGAGAUGAAAAAAACAUGCAAGAAGAGCCCUUCAAUGAAGUUGAUCCGCGGAAAAAUUGUUAAAAACGUAGUUGAAAUAUGGGCUAAAGCUUCGAUUCCUACUGUGUCCGUUCAACUUGUUGAAUCGAUGUUUUCGACGUUUUACGAAAAGUAUAAAAAUGCUAAGAAAAGUUUCGGAUCUAAAGCUCAUACAACUGAGAACAAUAAGGAUAAAAGUAAAACAGCGUUGCUUGAAAUGGCGCAACAGUUAUUUGAUAUAGCUGCAUGUAAGUGCCCUGAACCGAAAUUUUACAAGUGUCCGACUUUUAAGAAGAUUCCGUUUCUCGAAUUAAAAUUUAUGGAAGAUCAGCGAAGCGUUCGUAAAAUGGGAAUCGGAGGAGUUGAUCAAAAAGAAACAAAAAAUAUGAGAGACAAAGAGGAGCGGAAAAUUAAACGGAUCUCUCGGUCAAAAAGUCUACAAACUAUCAAAAAUAUUCAAGUUGAAUCUACACCAAUUUUUUCUCCUGAAUCGGAAUCAGGUCAAGACUCAGAUAGUGAAACGGACGAAUGGUGUCCCCAAAAACGCUCAUUAUCAUUGGAAUCGAGUUACUAUAAUUGCAAAAAACUUAAGAACGCAGCUGUAGCAGCUGAUCGUUUUGGAGUGUCCAGCGGCGUGGCAGCAGCAAUUAUAUCUGGAGCUUUGCAGGAUUAUAAACUGGUCACUGGCAGUGAUUCCAGUUUGCUUGUUGAUAAAAGUAAACUUAAUAGACAGAGGUCAAAGAUAAGAACUGAAAAACGAGAAGAAGCGUCAAUAUCACUCCAGACUAACACAGUGACAGCAAUAUAUUUUGAUGGGAAAAAGGAUGAGACUAAAACCGUUGAUAAAACCUUAGAUAAGAGUCGCACAAUCAGUAAAAUUGAAGAGCACAUAUCUGUGUUAUCCCAACCAAACGACGAAUAUUUAACGCAUUUAACGCCGGCUGGUGGAACAGGGGAACAAAUCGCAAGUGUUUUAUUUGAAUAUUUGCAGAACCUACCUGCAUUGGAUUUGCGCGCCGUUGGAUGUGACGGAACCAACGUCAACACAGGUUGUAAGGCAGGAGCAAUCGCAUUACUAGAGAAAAAUUAG